GCAGCGCGGGACCGAGUGGAGCCGAGCAGCCGUCGCGCCGCGUCGCCGGUUUAAGCGCAGUUCGGGGCCGCGGCCGGGGGCGGCGGUAGUGAGGCCAGCGCCGCGCUCCAGCCCCUUUUCCCUCCAUGGUUUCUCUCCGCUCCCGUGAGUAACUUGGCUCCGGGGGCUCCGCUCGCUGCCCGCACGCCGCACGCCGCCGGACACCGCGCCGCCGGCCUCUGCCCCGAGCAGACAGACCCCUUCCGACGGCCCUCGCUGCGCAGGCCGGAACGCCUCUCCCCCCUCCGCCCCCGCCGCGGAAAGUUAAGUUUGAAAAGGGGGGAAGAGGGGAACAUGGACAUGAAGAGGAGGAUCCACCUGGAGCUGAGGAACCGGACUCCGGCAGCUGUUCGAGAACUAGUGUUGGAUAAUUGCAAAUCAAAUGAUGGAAAAAUUGAGGGCUUAACAGCUGAAUUUGUGAACUUAGAGUUCCUCAGUUUAAUAAAUGUAGGCUUGAUUUCAGUUUCAAAUCUCCCCAAGCUACCUAAAUUGAAAAAGCUUGAGCUCAGUGACAAUAGAAUCUUUGGAGGUCUGGAUAUGUUAGCAGAAAAACUUCCAAAUCUCACACAUCUAAACUUAAGUGGAAAUAAUAAACUGAAAGAUAUCAGCACUUUGGAACCUUUGAAAAAGUUGGACUGUCUGAAAAGCCUGGAUCUAUUUAACUGUGAGGUUACUAACCUGAAUGACUACCGAGAGAGUGUCUUCAGGCUUCUGCCCCAGCUCACUUACCUGGAUGGCUAUGACCGAGAGGACCGUGAAGCCCCUGACUCAGAUGCUGAGGUAGAUGGUGUGGAUGAAGAGGAGGAGGAUGAAGAAGGAGAAGAUGAGGAAGACGAGGAGGAUGAGGAUGGUGAAGAAGAAGAGUUUGAUGAAGAAGAGGAUGAAGAUGAAGACGAAGAUGUAGAAGGGGAAGAAGAUGAAGAUGAAGUCAGUGGAGAGGAAGAAGAAUUUGGACACGAUGGAGAAGUUGAUGAAGAUGAAGAAGAUGAGGAUGAGGAUGAGGAUGAAGGUAAAAUAUCUUUCCAAUGGUCUCAAAGCCCAUUUGUGUUAUUGUACAGAGGAGGAAGAAAGCGGGAAAGGUGAGAAGAGGAAGAGAGAAACAGAUGAUGAAGGAGAAGAUGAUUAAGACCCCAAAUGGCCUGCAAAAACAGAACUGUUCAGUAUUGGUUGGACUGCUCAUGGAUUUGGUAGCUGUUUUAAAAAUAAUAAUAAUAAUAAUAAUAAUGGUAGCUGUGAUACAAACCCCAGGACACCUACCCACCCAAAGAGCCAAAGAAUAGUUCCUGUGACAUUCCACCUUCCUCCAUUUAGUCCCUCUUGGUAAUCCACCACCAAGCUUGGGGACUUCACCCCAACAAAAUUGUAAGCGUUGUUAGGUUUUUGUGUAAGACUCUUGCUGUAGUGUGGAUAGCUGUGAUUGGUGAGUCAACUGUCUGUGGCUACCAGUUACACUGAGAUUGUAACAGCAUUUUUACUUUCUGUACAACAAAAAAGCUUUGUAAAUAAAAUCUUAACAUUUUGGGUCUGUUU